AUUUUCGACACGAAAAAUGAGAAGAAGCUAUUCUAAAGAAGUCAAACAAAUAAGUGAAAUGAAUGAAGUUCCGGAAGAGUUGACACAAAUGUUAUUUUUCACGGCAUAUGCUGUCUAUAUAUUGGUAAUAGACAUCAGUGAAGAUUUAGACGCACCCCUUGAGAUUGCAAAGGAUGACACACUU